GCGAACAGCAACGGCAAGCAUUUUGCCGCAAGUAGUCUCUGCAGUGGUUCCUGCAAGCCAGGUCAGUUCGUUUUGGUUGAAAGUUUGAUAGCAGCUGAAACCCCAGCACCCCCGUUCGUGUCCGUGCACCACCGCCGUGAUCGCCUCUGCUUAGAAACCCCUGAUCGGUCAAUAUGGUGAAGCUUCAUCUCAUCUGUGGCGUACUGCUGUUCGCCUUUCUCGGCUGGGCCCACGGGCUGCCGGUUAAGGAUCAGGAGCUGGAGGAGGUUCUGACUAAGCUGCAGGAGCUGAAGCGUCUGAACGAUGCAGGCCAGCUGAAGCAGGCAAACGAAGAGAAGGUGCAGCUCACCGCGACGGACCAAAAGACGGGUUCACCGGGAUUAUCGGGUGCUGCCAUCGGAACAUCCGGAUACAAGACAAAACGAUCGCUGAACAACUCGGAUCGGAGGACGCUGUUGUACAACUACUAUUCCCGCGGAUUGGCCCCGAUGUACGACAAACGCAACUUUGACGAGAUCGACCGGUUCGCACGCUUCAACGGCAAGCGGAACCUUGGUUUUGAGCCUUCAUACACCGGAGGAUCCCCGGACCACGGAUACAACGGGCGUUACAGCAAGCGCAACUUUGAUGAGAUCGAUCGCUUCAACGCUGGUUUCAACUAUCGCUUGAACGGGGAUGAGAUGGCAACGAUCGGAAAGCGGAACUUCGACGAGAUCGACCGGUUCGGGCGUUUCGCAUUCAACAAGCGCUACUUUCCGGAGGUGAACGAGCUCGGAGCGCCAAACAGCCUCAAGCAUGACCUCUCGGAGGAUAUGGCCGUCAUCAAUGAGUACUCGCAAUAAGAAGCGUAGGCGCAGGAUGGAUUUCGGACGAGGAAUAACAUCGGUACACCCAACAAGCGGAGGUUUUACCAUUCUCCAGCACUAUACCCCUGUUCAACAGCACCCUCGUUGCUAGAGUCGAUUGAGGUCGCGGGCUGCUUCUAAACGUCGUAGUUCCUUGCUGCCGUUUCGCUUUCUAACCACCACAGCCGAAGGAUCCUUACAGUCGAUGCUGACACUGUGACAGGUGGUGCUGGCAUAAUUAGGCACGGUUAGCGUGUGUUUUGCAUUUUCCGUAGCUACUAGUUCACUAAUUGUAAUAAAAGAGACAUCAAUGAACCCUAAUUAUUGUAACUACUAUCGAUAGAGUUAUACGAGCGGGUGAGCUACGAGCUACUACCUAAAUUAGAUUGCAAAUAAAGUGUAAAGUAUGGACAAAGCAAACUAAACUAAUUAGAGGAAAAGAUGAUAAAAGAAUAAAAACAGGAAGUAAAAUUGAAACGAAUCUGAUUAAAUCACUCAAUAAACCAAAAGCUAAUUGGCG